AUGGGAGGUGAACAUAAAGGUGUUGCUAAUCGUUUUAUACAAGUUGUUCCAACAGCUUUAUACGUCCAUUGUAAUGGUCAUGCACUAAACUUGUGUCUAGUUGAUAUUUCAGAAGCUGUUGUACAUAUUCGAAAUAAUUUUGGUAUUGUUAAAUCUCUAUAUAAUUUUAUUGAAGCAUCACCAAAACGUCAUAAAGUUUUCGAAGACUUACAAAAAGAAAGUGGUAUUGUAUCUAUAUUCUUAAAACAGUUAUCCAAUACUCGUUGGACUUGUAGAUACGAAAGUUUAAAAGUUAUUUUUAAUCGAUAUUCAGAAAUAUUAUCUGCAUUAGAUUUAAUUGAGACAGGUAAUUCAUUCAUUUUAUUACAAGUAAUUAAAAAUUUUGAUUUUGUUUUUCAUACUUACAUGAUGAGUGAAAUUUAUCUAAGCACACAUAUAUUAUCAAAAUUUUUACAAUGUGCAAAUAUAUCUUUAACUGAUGCAUUAGCACAAGUUAAAAUAACAAUUGAUUCGCUUCAAACUUUAUGA